AUGAACAGACCGCCUUUUUUGAUGGAUUUUGUAGAUAGGGCACCUUUGUCUCUUGAUAGAGACCGAGUGACUUGUCUCUUGUUAAUCAACUCCCAUUUGAUGAAGAAAUGUAUCACUGUGUAUUCAACAAUCAUAUGUAACCAACAACUCAUGCAGCAAAUGUCAAAUGAGAACAGGAUGAAUGUUACACAAUCAUACAUGAACUAUUUGAAAAGAUUACAAUCAAAUGUUACAACAUUAAACUAUAUCCAUGAAAAAUACCAUGGUGACUUGCAACAACAACCAGUACCAAAAUCUACAUUCCCAUUGGUGUUGAAUGCGCCUCCCGACAUGCCUGAAUUGAAUGCGUUGUAUUCAAAAUUGCAGGAAUUAUAUGCGGAAGCUGUGCAAUUCUUGAGAAGCAGACUUGAUGAAGUGAGAAAGCAACAAAUGUAUCAACAACAAGGUCAAACACAAGGGCAACAGAGUCAAGGAGGAAUACCGCCACAACAGCAGCCACCUCAACGACCACAAUCUCAACAACCGCAACAGUUAGGAAUGGGAUUACCCCAACAACAACAACAACAACAACAACAACAACUACACCCUCCCCCUCCACCGCAACCAUCACUACCACCGCAACAACAACAGCACCAAUCUCCUCUACCACAAGGAUUUCCACAGCAAUCACAGCAAUCAUUUCAGGGCCAAAACUUGUCUUUUGCUCCACAACAACCAAUACUGCAGCAAUCGCAACCACCAUCACAACAACAACUACAACAGUUUAAUCAACAGCACCAACCACACGUUUCUCAAUCACAGCAAAAUCAGCAGCCUCAGGGACAAUAUUUUUCUCAACAAGGUUUUGCACCACCUCAAAGUCGGCCCCAGCAGCAAGCACACCAAGCACAGCAAGCCCAACAAACACAGCAAGCCCAACAAACACAACAAGCACAGCAAGCACAGCAAGCACAGCAAGCACAGCAAGCACAGCAAGCACAGCAAGCACAGCAAGCACAGCAAGCACAACAAGCACAACAAGCCCAGCAAGCACAACAAACACAACAGCCACAGCCAAACCAAUCACAACAACAGCAAAAUAAUCUUCUGCAUCAACUCCCACAACUGCAAAUGUUACAACCACCACUGGCCGGCAUGCAGUUCAGCCAAGGUCCACUAGAUGAUGUUUUAUUAACAGACAAUUUUGCCUCUACUACUCCAUUAGAUUUUGGAGGUAUCAAUUUCAACAACGGCAUGAACGACUCAUCUGGAGGUAUGAAUGCGUUUACAAUGGCUACAUUAUCACCACAACAGAUUUUGCAGCAAGCGAAUGAGGGCAAAGAAACCCUUCAAAAUGACUUUUUAUUCUGA